AUGGUUAUAUGCUUUGCAUACGGAUGUAACCACCGCAGUGGGGCCAAUGCGUGCAAAUUCUAUGGCUUUCCUACAGACGACAGAAAGCGGACAUUAUGGGGAAAGUUAUGCAGACGAGCUGAUCGCCAACCAGGAGGGCAGAACGACAGGAUUUGUUCCUGUCAUUUUAAAGACGGAAGUAAAGACGGGGAUCCUGCAUAUUUUGCAUGGAAUGAAGGAAAAACCAUGGAUUUCUCUGACCCUGAAAUUAUGAAAAGAAAAAGGAAAAAACUAACAAGUGAGGAGUCAGAGUCGAGCCAUCUGCAGGUAUCAGAUUUGACUGAAUGUGAAGACCCAGCAAAGAUGAUGACUGAGCACAGCUACUCGGUGUCUUGCCGAUUAAGUUGUGCUCAGGAAAUGCAGCGGCUUUCAGAGGAGAUAAGGGGUCUGGAAAGGGAACUUGGUGCCCUCAAAGUAGAAUCCAACAAGCCAAAGCCCAUGUUUAUUAAUGACAUAAAGGACAAUGAAGAGAAGAUGCUUUUAUACACAUCCCUACAGUUUGACAUAUUUGAUGUCCUGGUGCGACUAUUAAAACGAUUCGAUCUUCAUUACUAUAAUGAUUGGACACCUACGAUGGAAAUUGAUGACCAACUACUCAUUGUCCUCAUGAAGUUGAAACUCAAUCUUCGUGACAUUGACUUGGCCCAUAGAUUUUGUGUCAGCCGACCUACAAUUUCGAACAUUUUUCAUACACUUGUCCAUACUCUACAUGAGAUGCUGUUUGUUGGCAUAGUCAACAAAUGUUUUCCAAGUCAACUCAAGUGCAAAGGGUCCAUGCCGAAAUCUUUUGAGGAUUUCUCCUCUGCCAGAGCCUCCAUGGAUGCAAUUGAAACCACCCAAGACAUCCCGACACAUAUGGAUAGUCAGGCCAUGGUGUACAGUAGCUACAAAAGUCGUCAUACUGUUAAAGCGGUAACUUGCGUAGCACCAAAUGGUGCUAUUACACUCUGUUCCAGACUGUAUCCAGGUUCCAUCUCCGAUGUAGCCAUUGUAUCUCACAGUAAAGUCCUACAGAAGUUUAAGGCAGGAGACUUAAUUUUGGCCGACAAAGGUUUUACUAUCCAUGAUCAGUUGCCUCAAGGUGUUUGUUUAAACAUACCAGCUUUUUUGUCAAUGAGAGGUCAGUUUACAAAGCAAGAACCAGCAUUGUGUUACAAGAUCGCAAGAGCCCGCAUUCAUGUAGAAAGAGCCAACGAGAGAAUUAAAAAUUAUGAAAUUCUCCGUCACAUUCCGGCUACUUACAGACCCUUAUCAACAAAAAUAUUUCAACUUUGUUCCUGUCUUGUAAAUUUGUAA